AUGCAACAGCAUAUUAACUAUAGAGUAAGGGUUAUUUUACAAGAUUCUCGGACAUUUAUUGGAACUUUCAAAGCAUUUGAUAAGCAUAUGAAUUUGAUAUUGGGUGAUUGUGAAGAAUUCAGGAAAAUUAAAUCCAAAAAUAGCAAAACGGCAGAUAGGGAAGAAAAAAGAACAUUAGGUUUUGUUCUGUUGCGCGGAGAAAAUAUAGUGUCUCUUACUAUUGAAGGACCGCCGCCUCCAGAAGAAGGUUUGCCUCGAGUACCGCUUCCGGGUGCUAUUGGAGGUCCGGGAGCAGGACGUGCAGCAGGUCGAGGAGCUGGUCCAGGUGGGCCACCUCCUGGUCUUCAGGGCCCGGCAAGAGGUGUAGGUGGCCCAUCUCAACAACAUAUGGCCCCUGGAUCACGAGGACAACUUUCAGCACCUCCUCAGAUGCGUGGAGGUCCUAUGAUGGGUGGUCCUCCACCUGGUAUGAUGGGAGCUCCACCAGGUAUGGGUCGUGGAGGUCCUGGCAGUCGUGGCCCGCCAGGAAUGCGUCGCUACUAA